AUUGACAAAAUAGUAAUUUUUCCUACACUUUCAGUUCUAAAAAAUAAAUCUAAUUACAUUGCCUUUGUAAAAUUCCGUGUGUGUAAGUGUGUGUUGGCUAAUUUCUUCUCUUGUCUGUAAAAAGGUGUUUUUAAACAGGUGCAAAUAUGGACUAUCGAUAUUUAUUCAUCGCUUUCAUUUUGAAUGUUAAUCCUAUCCUAUCGGAUGGUGGUAUAGAUCCCUACAUUACACAAACUGUUUAUGGAUUUCUGGAUUUUACAACAACAAUAGGCAAUACUGUAAUGGUAUUUUCACCACAAAGUGCUCCACCACCAAUCGGUAAAAUCGAACUACCAACCAACAUAAUUGAAACCAAACCGCUUGUUACAAAACCUACGGAGGACGAAACUAUUAAACCAACCAAACCAACGAACACCGAAAAGUUACCGACCAAUAAACCUGUGGAGAAGAGUUCAAAAACGACUAUUGUUGAGGCUCAAAAGAAUAAACCUGUGGAAAACAGUUCAAAAUCUACUAUUGUUGAGGCUCAAAAGAAUACAAACAACAACAACAAUAGUAAUGUGAAGAUUGUAACGAGUAGCGCGGUAGUGGUUACGGCACAAACAUCACCGGAACCCGUCGAAGAGCAACCCGCACUACAAAUAGAAAACAAUGUUUUUGAAUAUGAUUUGCUCUCACGUCAACCAGCCGAAUAUGCCGAAGAAACGUAUCGUGUCAUAAACAAUAAGGCUACAGAUAAACCACGAAACAGACUUAAUCAACGUCGAACUUACGAUGUCUCUUCGGAAGCAACUAUUGUACACGAAGCAACAACGGCGAAUCGUUUGAAACCAAGUCAAGCCGUGGAGAACAAACCGCAUACGCCUAGUGGACCCAAAGGCAAGAAACCGAAGAUAAGAUCAACUGCACCGUUACGUGUUUUGAAGACUACAACACCUUCUUUAUCCAAACCAGCGCCACAGGAGCAGAAAAAUAAUCGCAUCUCCGGUUCGAAUCGUCACAAUGGCAAAGGCAACCGAGCCAAUAAUCACGAACAAGAGCAUGUAACAAUCACCGAAUCCGUGGUUGAAUCGUCACAAGUUACACAGAGUCAUAAAAAGAGUUCGUCACGUAGUAAGCCCAAAAGGAAAAGCAAAAAUAAUCGGUCAUCGGCUAAUGCGCAUAAAAGUAGUGCGGUCGUGUUGGCUUCCUCUGCCGAGCCGGGACGCAAAACAUUCCGCUCGAAAGUAAAACCCUCAAAUGUGGAAUCGCAAGCUUCGACUAGCGUCUACAUGUUUAAAUUGAAUCGUACGCCUGGUAGAUGGCAGUACACGACAACGCCGAAACCACGAGUAGCAAUACGUAAGAAUCCUGAGGGCAACACCACUAAAUCUGUAGACGCUUUUGCUGGCAAUCCCAGCUUAAACGUAAUAUCCGAUAAUGGUGAUCUGGAAUCGUCGGGCUCACAAAACGGUGCUGUUGUCAAUAAUAUAGAUCAAGGUGGCAAUUAUCAACAUCUAGUGGAGACCUUGAAUGUGGAGAUAUCAACACCAGCAAAUUUUAAGGAUACCUACUAUGAGUUGGCGACCAUUAAAACACCGUACGCUUUUCAGGUCGGUGGUUUGAAGAAGACCCGUUUCAUAACAGUCACCUCAACGAUAGAGAAAACGCUGACACCCGAUCCAACCGAAGUACAAAUACCAGAUGGUCCGCUAACCGAAAACAUUUUGGCACCAUCAUCACGGGAAGUCAACUUUCUACGUGAUACCCAUGUCACAACAUUGAAACCCUUACACAUUACCGAAAAUGCCGAGACGCCAAAUUUGGAAACUGUGGUGGACUCAUUUAGUACAACCACGAAGAAGUUGCGCACACAAGUUUUGCCAAUUGUCUUUGAUGUCAACAAUGAGACAUCAUAUGUCACACUCACACAAACCUACGACAUCACAAGCCUUAUAACGGUAACGAAAACACUGUCACCACUGGAAACUGAUCUGCCGCUAAGGAGCUUCACCGACUUUGGUGCUAAUCUGGAUGAGGCGGGCUCCGAAAUAAAUCUAGAAUUAGAAUUCGGUGAUGAAGAUAAUGCGGAAAACACAAAGGACGACAAAUCAUACCGCCCCAAAUUAUCGGAUAUAGCUGAUCUCUUUGGCAAGUCAUCGAAUCUAACGGCUGAGGAGUUACAAAAAUUGGCAUUGUGGAAAUUGCAAAGUAAUUCGCAACAAUUCCCCUCAUUACUAAUGCCCAGCAUACCGCAAUACACGCCGGAGAGCACACUACCAUUCCCGCCCAUUACACCGUCCAUAAAUCCAUUCCUGCUGCCUUUACAGCAAUUCCAGACGAUAACUUCCAGUAUUGUGCAUGAGACGAUCGCAACACAGACGAAUAGUAAAGUCUUAAAAUUAACCUUUGGCGCACGUACGGCAUACACGACGAUUUACUCGAGUGAAGUUGUGCCGACACGUGCGACCAGCUACAUCACCACAUCCAUACCCGUGCAGCCAACGCCACCGGCAUUCCCGGGCUACUUUCCACCACCAUAUCCACAAUAUUAUCUCGGUUAAGUUUAGUUAUACAAAGUUUGGGUGCCCGAAAUCGCGCUCUCGUUCUUUUGUGUGUAUGUAUAUACUAGUGUUAGCAUCAUUCUUUUGUUUUCAUUUGGUCCUUUAUAAAAAUCCUAUCAAAUACUCGUCCAUUUAUUACUUCACAAACAACAAAUCGAACUUAGAACAUAUGAGAUUCAAUGUUAUUGUAUUAAAUUUUUUGCGUAGUUUCAUUCAUUUCGUUUUAUAAUAAAAAUUUAAACAAAAUUACAAUGGAGAAGUUUUUUGAUUUUCUUCAAUAAUGGUCAUAUUCUCAUGAUUUCAUGUUUGACUAGUCGAAUUUUCAUCUAUUAUUCAAAUGAAUGUGAUCUUCACAUCAAAUGAGUGCAAGUUUUGAUCUUCAUUGGUUACAAAAAAGAAAAAAAAAACGGAGAUUUACUCAACGACUUCUUCAAGCCUUGGA